UUGUCGAUUUGGGUUUGGAACUUAAACCGACCGAUCAAUUUUUUAUUAAAAUAUGAAUCUGAACCGGCCUGUUGUUCAAGGCCCGCGGUCAAUUCCCGAUCGAGUUCUAGGCAUGUCCUGCCUGUCCUCUCUGCUCUACUCAUUACCAUCGAAAUCCUUUCGAUAAAAAUCUCUUCUGGUAUACAGCAACACUUGAAAGAAAUGGAGAGCCCGGAGUUUAGCCCGAACCCGGAGGUGAAUCAGCUUCCUGAAGCCGCCUCUUUGCCGGAUGGGUUUGUCGAAUCCUCCUCUGCGGCGCCAUUGGAGAAGGAGGCGGUGGAUGAUUAUAAGGAGGAGAAAUUACUUGAGGCCGGUUGGAAGCCUGAAGUUGUGGUUGAAGAUGGCGGUUCGUCUCUGAUAAAAUUAGUGGACGAUCAGAGUCAAUUUGUGGUUGCAUCAGAUGCUGGAGCUGCUUCUGCUGAAGGAAAUGUUAAAGAAAAAUCUGUUGGACGCACAGAGUUGCAAAAGGCAGUGUUGGAGGAGAUUUCAGCAGCAGGAACUGCUGAAAACAACAAAAAAGAUUCUUCUGAAGUGAAGCGUAAAAAUGUAAAACGUACCUUCAAAUCAGAGAAGGAAUUUUUGGAGUUCACUCUGAAGUAUCAACAAGUCAUUGCUGAAAGAGAUUCAGCUGUUGCCGUUAGAGAUAAACUCGAAUCAUUGUGCCGGGCGCUGCAAAAAGAAAAUAAGAAGUUAAUGGAAGAAUGCAAGAAAGUUUCCAGGGAGGGUCAAAAUUUGAGAUUAGACCUAUCAGACAAGUUUCAAGACGCAAUUAAGGAAGUAAGCAAAAAGCUGGAGGAGCAGAAGGAUGAAAGUAUAUCUCAGCUAAAAGAAAAUGAAAUGUUGAAGACCAAGUUAAAACAGCUUGUCGAUCAGUACACUCUUUCCGAGCAGCAACAUGCACAGCAGCUCAAACAGAAAACUCUUGAACUUCAGCUUUCUGAUUUAAAGCUCCAGCAACACGAAGAGAAGUUGAAGCAGGAAAAAUCUCAGAUGAAAUUGUAUGCUGAACAAGUUGCCCAACUCUUAGCAACUGAAAAGAACUUGAGGUUGCAGUUAACAGCUGACGGUGAAAAAUUCCAGCAAUUUCAGGAAGCAUUGAUGAAAAGCAAUGAGGUUUUUGAAACAUUCAAGCAAGAAAUCGAGAAGAUGGCGAAAUCAAUAAAAGAACUCAAAAAGGAAAACAACUUAUUGAAGGGCAAAUGUGAGAAAACUGAUGUGACCAUUAUUGAACUAGCCAAUGAGCGUGAACUUUUGAAGAAACAACUGGAAAAAACAAGAAAUCAGAAGGAAAAGCUGGAGUCAUUAUGUCGGUCACUCCAAGCAGAUAGGAAAAGUAAUUCUGUUGCAGGCAAUAGCUCAGAUUCAGUCCGUGUUUAAAUUUAAUUCAUGCGUUUUGGAAUACUACUGAAUUUAGCUAUAGCUGUUUCGGGUUGCAUACUGGGUUUCCUGUACACGGAGCACAAACAAUUGUUCCAUAUUUGUAAUGUUUUCUGUUGUGGCUACUACAUUGUAUGCUAAUGUAUAUUAUGUGACCAAGAGAACUACUGGACAUGCCUUUUGUUAUAGCUUAGUGUAAUCUUGCUUUUGUGGCCUAAUUUUGCUGGCUUGAUCAUUAUUUUCUAUUUAUUUAUAUCUAUAUAUUUCGUGGCGGUGUGCUCCCCGGGCCAACGGAUGACGAAGAAGUUUUCUAGGGUUUUUACCUUUUCUGAAAUAGGGAUAUUUCUCAUCCGACUCUUAACAUAUCUUGACCAUAUAUUUAUGCAGUUAUCAUAUUUAUACUA